AUGUAUGAUGAACCCACAGCUGGUCUGGAUCCUGUUGCGUCCACCGUCGUGGAGGACCUCAUAAGGGACUUGCACACGCCGAGCAGUCAGAACGGCGCCACCAAACCUGGCACGGGCAUCUCCAGCUACAUCGUGGUGACGCACCAGUACUCCACCAUACAGCGCGCUGUGGACCGCAUCAUUUUCCUGCACAAGGGCCGGGUCGCAUGGCAGGGGACUGUGAAGGAGUUCAACAACUCCGAGGACGACAUAGUGAGGCAGUUCGCCACGGGGAGUUUGGACGGGCCGAUCCGGUACACGUAG